AUGAGCAGUGACAGAAGAAAAGGAAGAAGAGGAAAACAUAGUGCGGAGGACAGAGAUGUUCAACUGUCCAAGUCUUUAUCGUACGUUCUUCGUCAUGGAGCCAGUAAGAUGGGGUUACAAAUGAGUACAGAUGGAUUCAUCUAUGUGGAGGACAUUCUUGCUCAACCCCAGUUUUCUUCCUGGUGUUUGGAUGAUGUCAAAAGAGUUGUAGAAUCAAAUGACAAACAGCGAUUCAAGCUACAGUUCCAUCCAGAAAACGCAAGGUUGCAAAUCCGUGCUAAUCAAGGCCAUUCUGUCCAGGUAAAUGAUCUUGAGCUCCGGCCUGUACUAGCUGGUUCCCCAGACUGCCCUCCGGAGGCUGUCCAUGGCUCUUACCUCCAAAAUUGGACGUCUAUACAGCAGCAUGGUUUAACCCGGAUGAAGAGAACCCAUAUUCAUCUGGCACCAGGGCUUCCAGGAGAGAAGGGUGUCAUUAGUGGUAUGAGAAAAGAUUGUGACCUUGCUAUAUUUAUUGAUGUCACAAAAGCUCUGUCCGAUGGCCUUCAGUUCUUCUGGUCAGACAAUGGAGUGUUGCUAACACCUGGGGACACGGAGGGAAAGCUUCUACCCAAAUACUUCAGCCGUGCUUUAAGGCUGAGGCCCACAAGGACCCUGCUUCCAUUAUCAUGA